AUGGGCAACGAUGCCAUAUACAAGGGAUAUUGGCAUUACGACUACGAGAAGAACGGCAUCGCGAACGCGUAUGGAGAAACAAAGGAAACUGCCAAGAAGGCAGCUGCCGAGUUCGAGAAGCCCCCCAAGGAUACAACAAAAAAUUUGAUAGAAGAUCUACCACCUCCUUUUUUAAACUGCCUAUUUGUCCCGCAGCAAUGUAGAGUCAUUCGGGACUCGGGAUCUUCGUUGAGACGGGAGAAGGUGGUUGAGGAUCGCCAUCGGAAUCGAAAGAGAUUGGAAUUAGAGGGAGCAGCUUGGAAGGGCGAUAAACGAGGUGGGCGUGGUCAUCUGGGCGCCGCUCAGCCGAAUUCUUUCUCUUCAUCGACAAUGCUCUUCCUGCUGCCGAAACGGGUACUGGCAAGAGAGUCAAGAAAAGAUUCGGUAGAGGUGGAAAUUGAAGGACUGCUAGUCCGUCAAUCCACCAGAAUGUCUAAUGCUAUGUUUGGGGAGGGGUUGGUAGGAGUUAAUGGGGAUAUGAAUCCACCGAGACACUUGGCCUUGCUUGAACCGUAG